AAUUCAAAUCUCAGUUUUCCGCUGAAAUGGCCAUGUGGGUUUUUGAUGAUCUUGUCGAAGGUCUCUUUCUAGUUCUUCUGUUUCUGUUUCUGUUUCUUACGAUCACAUUUUCUGUUGGGUUUGAUCAUGCUUUCAAGAAAAAAGCAUGCCGUUUUGGUCCUCCAUCGUACCCGUUCAUUGGAUGUCUGGUUUCAUUCUACCAGAACCGCCGCCGGCUGCUGGAGUGGUACACUGAUCUUUUGUCGGAGUCUCCGAGCCAGACCAUCGUGGUGCACCGGCUGGGUGCGCGGCGGACGGUCGUGACGGCGAACGCUGCCAAUGUGGAGUACGUGCUGAAGACGAACUUCAGAAACUUCCCCAAGGGGAAGCCCUUCACUGAGAUUCUUGGAGACCUUCUUGGCUUCGGGAUAUUCAACGUUGACGGCGACCUGUGGAGCUCGCAGAGGAAGCUCGCCAGCCAUGAGUUCAGCACCAAGUCUCUGCGAGAGUUCGUGAUGAGAAUCCUUGAAGAAGAAGUGGAGGGGAGGCUUCUUCCGUUGUUAGAAUCCGCAAUGGAGAAAAAUGAAGUUUUGGAUUUGCAGGAGGUGUUGAGGAGAUUCGCUUUCGAAACUGUUUGCAAAGUCUCUCUCGGCGUCGACCCCUGUUGCCUGGACCUUUCCCGUCCGGUGCUGCCCCUGGUUCGGGCCUUCGACCGUGCGUCGGAGAUUUGCGCCAUGAGAGGGAUGGCGCCCGUGUACGCCGUGUGGAAGAUGAAGCGAGCGUUUAAUGUCGGCUCCGAGAGGAAGCUCAAGGAAUCCGUACAACUGGUUCAUUCUUCGGUGAGAGAAAUUAUUCAGAACAAGAAGAGGAAGCUGGAAGAGGACCGCGCCGAAGGAGACGGCGGCGACCUUCUGACGAGGCUGCUGUCGGCGGGUCACGGCGAGGAGGUGGUGAGGGAUAUGGUGAUAAGCUUCAUAAUGGCCGGAAGGGACACAACGUCGGCAGCGAUGACGUGGCUCUUCUGGUUACUCUCCCAGCAUCCACCCAUCGAAUCCGCCAUUGUCGCACAUGUAGACUCACUCUACAGAAACCCACUCGAUUUCGAAACUCUGAAAGAGAUGAAUUUCGUGAAAGCGUGCUUGUGCGAGUCCAUGAGGCUGUACCCGCCGGUAGUAUGGGACUCCAAGCACGCCGCUGCUGACGAUACCCUGCCGGACGGCACCGCUCUCCGGGAGGGCGACAGGGUGACUUACUUCCCAUAUGGAAUGGGGAGAAUGGAGCAUCUGUGGGGAAAAGACCGGUUCGAGUUCAGACCGGACCGGUGGUUAGAAGAACCGGAGGCGGACGGCGACGGGCCUCUGAAGGCGGUGAGUCCCUACAAGUUCCCUGUUUUUCAGGCUGGUCCGAGGGUAUGCUUGGGGAAAGAGAUGGCGUUCAUUCAGAUGAAGUACGUGGUGGCUUCGAUUUUGAGACGGUUCGAGAUCAGGCCGGCCGGGCCGAACCGGCCGGUUUUCGUUCCCCUCCUGACGGCUCACAUGGCCGGCGGGUUCAAAGUGGUGGUCCGGAAAAGAAGUGGCAGCAAGGAGCCGUAACCGUUAUCUUCUAGUACAUGUUUUCUGUAAAGUUGUGGGCUUUAACGUACACCUGCAUACUUAGGUUGGUAGGAUUGUAGCCUUUUAAAAAAAGCAUGUGCAAUUAUGUUUUAUGCAGUAUUACCCUUUUUAAAACGGCAUAAGAUGAUAUGCGUAUAAAAUUACAAAAUUGUCCUCAA